AUGGGAGCAGCACAGUCGUGGUGUUGUGGAGUCAAUUGGAAUAAUCGAGAUGAUAACAUGCCGCAGCCUGACCAGCGACUUUCGAAUGGAUUCAAGAACGACUGUGAUCUACACACUGUCGAUUCAAAGCCAGUGAUGUCAGCACCACAGCUGAUCAAGCUACAAGGGCCAUCGUAUAGUAGUGGAAGUAUAGAAGCGAAAUAUGAAAUGCUGGACGAGAUUGGACAUGGAGGUACUUCAAUCGUAUACAAAUGUCGUGAGCGUCGUACCGGGAUUAUACGUGCUUGCAAGAUCAUUGAUCGACGCGCAGUCGAGAGAGAACACAACGUGGUUAUGGAACAAUUUCAAGUUGAGAUUCGAGUGCUCCAGUCACUGAGGCAUCCAAACAUUAUUCGCAUUGAAGACGUGUUCUUGUCGGAUUCAAAGAUCUGUAUGAUUACAGAGUACAUGGGAGGUGGCGAGCUGUUUGAUUAUGUCGUCGACAGAGGGACGUUGUCAGAGGUUGAAGCAAGCACGAUUGUACGACAGAUCACGUCGGCUGUUGCCUACUUGCAUGCACGUGGAAUAAUUCACCGUGAUCUUAAGCCAGAGAAUCUCAUGUUGACAAGCAAGUCGCGUGGAGCAGAUGUAAAAAUUAUCGACUUUGGUCUGGCAAAGUUGCUGGACGCGGAUGACAAGACGGCUUCGUUUCUAGGAACACGAGGUUAUCUUGCCCCUGAGAUGCUGCAGCGUCAGGCGUAUUCCAUGUCUGUAGAUAUGUGGGCAUUGGGAAUCAUCGUCUACGUUUUGCUCUGUGGUUGUCUGCCUUUUGGUGAUGAUGGCGGCAAAAUUGCCAACGCGAAAGCAGCUAAGGCCAAGUUUUGUCUUCGUUUUCCUCGCUGGGCGAGCGGUUUAUCAGAAUCUGCAAAAGAUUUACUUCGGCAAUUACUUGAGGUGGACUCGACCGAUCGGUACUCUGCCGAGCAGGCGCUGGCACAUCCGUGGGUCACUGGCGCUCGCACACCGAACAAAUUUCUCAAGUCGCCCAAUUAUCUUCGCACGAUCAAACAGGAACAAGUGAGUCGAAAGAUAGAAGGUCGUGUGGAUGGGAUUCAAUUUUCAAAUGGCAAUGAAGUGGACGAGUCGACGAGCAAUAGGCUUCGAAUCAGCGUCCGAAGACAAUCUCGCUGA